AUGGGUGUGCUGAAGCUGAAAAUAUUCGAAGGUAUCAAUGGUAUAAAGAUUAUUAAAGAAGAGAGUUUGAAAAUGCCCAAAAUGCUUAGAGAUAUGUUCAAUGACCUUUGCGAAGCUAUAAAAAUGUGGAAGGAUAAAAUCAGAAAACUAGAAACAAUCUCAUUGUUAUGGUUAGAUUUACUAGCGGGACAUACUUGUAGAUUGUCACAGACACGGCUUUUUGAGAUACCAACUCAGAUCUCUGAAUUUGGUACACAAGUCCUUUCAACAAUGAGCUUGAUAUGGAAGGCAAAGGCAAUAGUGAAAAAUGUAAUCAAACUAAUGGAGGAAGAAGAUCUGAUGGAAGAAGAACAGCUCAAAAUGCUACAGAACUGUGAUGAAGUUGAUGAAGAUGGUUUAAUAACACUGCCACCUAGAUUGCAAUUACUGUCAAGUUCUGUGACGCCAGAAAAUAAACGGAGUAGAAAGGUCGAAAAGUGA